CCUACGUUGCUAAGAAGCACCCAACAUGGGAUUUAUGUGAUGUCAACAGUGUGAAUCCUACAUAAAUGUUAGUCUUGGAAAUAUCACAUUACAUUACGUGAUUGUUUAUUGCAGUGUUGAUUAUCGUUAUUACCUACAUGAUACACAAGGAGAAUUUUGACCAAUAGCAGCUAUCUGUCUAGAUCGAAUUCUGGGUUAUGGUAUGGCGCUGAUCUAAGUGUCAUAUCUUGCAACGAACCGUCUAUAACUUAUGAAGUUAUAUCCCACUCAAAAAAUCGUAUCAAACGUGAUUGAUGAUAGACGGCGAAAAGAGAAAGAGUGAAUAAUUGGAUAACGCGUUAAGGAUAACGGAGGGGUUUGGAAUCGGCGAGAAUAGAAGUGGGUUUGGCAAGUGGGGUGACCAAUCGACCAACGUUCGUCUUCUCUAUUCUAUUUUAUUCAGUCAGACUUGGAUCCAAGACAGAGUUACGUGUGAUAACGUAUCAUGCUCGGUUUAGAUAAACUGCGUCGUCCUUGCUAGCUUUCAUAAGCGCGAUUGUCACGAAAAGGAGAGAAGCACGCGAGACGAAGAUUAUGAACGCGUCGAUGUCGUGCAACGACCUGAACCUGAACCGUUUUCAACGACUUUCGAACUUGUUAUAUCUCUCACGUAUCACUAUCAAGAACGCGAGAAUGACUUAGACCAACUUGUCAAUACGUGGACAAUAAGAAACUGUCCCAAUACGCGAUGCAAAAUUCACGCUGGUUAUACUGGUUGUUCUGGGUGGGUCUACUAUCAAUGACUAUAGCCUACCCUCUACCUUCGCCACUUGUCACAGAUUCAUCAGAUACUCAUACUUUUUGGCAAUGGGAACAUUACUGGAUGCGAUAUGCGAUUGCUCUUUCAAGUGUUACAGCAACGGCAUUGACUCUGGCUGGAUGUCUCUGUUGUCAAAGACACAGAAGACCCAAGGGAUUCCAGGACAAAGCAGAAAAAUGCAAUCAGGAGUUCAGGGAUGGAAGCAGUACAGGGCAAGAUAGCACGUUUGAUCGUUCUGUCGAAGGAUUGGAAUUGGAUGUCUCCAGAACAUUAGCUGCUUCUGAGAGGGUUCAAUUUGAACCUCUACCUGUGGACAGUAUUGUAUCUGGCACGAGAUCUACUACUACUUCGAAACCCAAAUCAAUACCUUUGUUGCAUAAUGAAGAACAAGAUACGGAGCGUUCUAUUCUGCAGGAGCCAUGCAGUGAAUGGUUUCAGUCCAAUGAACUUAAUGUUCCAAGAGAGAAGCUGAAGUACCUGCGAGAAAUAGGCCACGGAUGGUUCGGUAAGGUAGUUGAAGGUCGAGCGGAUUUAGAACAGUCCACGGGUGUAUCAAAAUCGGGUGGUGUAGUCGUGAGAAUACUCACGGAGGAAGCUACUACUAAAGAAAAAGCUUGGUUUCUCGGCGAAGCCACACCGUACUUGAAGCUGCGCCAUCAAAAUGUAUUGGCUCUUCUCGGUUUCUGCUUGGAAACUGAUCCGUAUCUUCUGUUGUUUGAAUCAUGUCCGGCUGGCGAUCUAAAAGGUUUCUUGUUGUCGAACCGUGAUACCAAAUCGAGAGAAGCUCUCACCAAGGAAAAUAUUCCCAUACGCAUCGCGAUAGAAAUUGCAGCCGGUUUGAAACAUAUGCAUAACCAUGGUUUCGCGCAUACAGAUCUUUCUGCGAGGAAUUGUUUAGUCGCUCCAGAUUUGUCAGCCAAAUUAGGAGAUUAUGGCACCGGUGUAGAGAAGUAUCCCAAUGACUAUUACAUAGUAGGAGAUCGGGCGUUGCCUAUCAGGUGGUCUGCGCCGGAAAGCUUGAAUUGUACGGACACUACAAUCGAGACACAGGAGAUUACGUUGCAGGCCAAUAUGUGGAGUUACGCGGUGCUUCUCUGGGAGAUCAUCAGCUGGGGAGAGAGACCUUAUAACGAUAUGAACGACGAACAAGUAAUACAAAUGAUCCUGUCACUGAAAAACGAAUUUCCGCCAAACGGCACACGACUGUUGCAGAGUUAUCUCGUUAACUGUUCGUCGAAUAUAUAUCAGGCGACUCGCUCGUGCCUAAACGUCAAGGCGAAGGACAGACCCUCAUUAGAUGAAGUAAAGCGGAUCCUUUUGAAUGAACAUUCACCGCACGCGGAUUUCGAGCAACGUUGGGAGAGUCUGCGUGCGAAUGUAUGCAAUAAACAGCACGUACGUAGUGCUAGUCUACAGGAUUUGCGCGGUAGCAUCGAUUCCGAUUACUGGACUCACAUCGUGAACGAUACGCCGAUAGACACAUUGCCGUCCUCGUUUCGUCUCGGACCUGACGAACAAGUGAAAAAUAUGCCUGUAAUGAAAAACGUUGCAAUGUUUCAGGAAUCCGGUUCAGAAACCGAGGAGGAGAGCUGGAAGGGUCGAAUCGAACAGGGCAUUUAUACAGAAAAAGUGAAACAGAAGUCUAAGUCCGUGACGGACCUCAUGGUACUCGUGCAUAUCGAUCCCGAUUCCGAUGCGGAAUGGUCGAUAGGUGCGCAAGUGCCUGAUAAGACUGCCAAGAAAAAACUGCCCACCACCGGUAGCGACAGUGACCUUAGACACACCGUGUUGCCGGCAAAUGAGUUCGACAAAACGUUAAAAAGGCUGCGAGAUUCUCUGCCAAAUAACGCCACUAACAUCAGAUCGCUGGAAAAUCUGGAACGACCAAAACUCUUAACGCUAACUAUGGACCAGGGACACACGCCGAUCUUACGAUUGUCUCUGGACAAUACUGGUAAAAUCUCAGAAAAUGACAAUAGCAUGUCGCCGAGUGCUUCCACAAGCGCAGAUGGUACACGCGCCAAGAAGCAUGUGCUAAGACUCUUAUCAAAAGGGAAUCCAGAUCUCCCUCUCUUGCGUUAUGUACCUGAUCAAAUAUCUGCUGUUGAAACUUCAGAGAACAGAGAGGAUCGAGAUGUACUUUUCGUCGAGAAAAGCGGCGACGCGAACUUAUCCGAUCGCGUUUCUUUGAAUAAUAAUAUUGAAGUCGACGAACACAACGCGGUGGACGUUUUACUUUGGAAUCAUGCGCUAGAUUCCGCCUUGGAACAGAAGAUACCAGACUUCUCCGACGUAGAAGCGGAAUUCACUGAAUACAUGGACGUAUCGAUAGAACCAAGUAACGCUGGCGCGCCGGAACUCACUGUAACCACCGUGUCUACGCCGGAUGCCCUUCAUUUUUGUGAUGCCUAUUCGCCUAUUUAUACAUCUGAUGAUCAUUUUUCUACAGUAGAUAACACGGAAAUUAAACGGAAAGCUAACUUGCCAAACGAUGACGAGGAGGAAAGAAAACAGCUAUCUACGCCAGACGAUGAGCAAAGUUCUGACUCGGGUUUUCGCGACAAGGAAUCUUGUGAGGAGGAGGAAGCAGUUUGCUCGACGUCUGGCAAUCUCUUGCCUUCAAGCAACACUGUUGCGACCUCUAAUUUGUCAUAUUCCGAAGAAGAGCCCUUUCAGAUUCUGUUCGAAUUAGAUACCAUUCUAGAUGCCGAAUAUUACACGACUGCGUCUACCGCUAGUCCCGAAAGUAUAACAGAAGUUGUCGGUUCCGCAUUUAACGUCGAGAAAAAUACAUCGCCUAUGAAGCAAACAAUAAACAUGAUUCCUGAAUUGCAUCAUAUUUCUACGAAUAUAGAUGAACCAGAACAUCAAAGGGUGGAUAUUCUCAACUCCGAUGUUAUGCAAACGACUAACAUGAAAGAAGACUUGGAUUGUACAAAAGUAAAAUUUGAAAGCGCAGUAGAAAAUAUUGAUGUCGAGGUAGAAAAGAGAGAUGUAACUCCUGAAAAAAUGCAAGAGUUCAAUAUUCAAGAUAACCUGCAGCAAACGUGCGGAUUGGAAACGAAGGUUAUUAAUAAUCAACGAGAUCCGGAACAAUAUUUACAAGAUUAUGAAAACGAGGAUGAGGACAGUUCGACGGUGAGUUUACGCAGCGACAACUCUUAUGUGUCGUUUGGUAUAGAAGAGGAAUUCGUAACAGCAAUUCGUAAUGAACUUCGAGAGAAAUUGCCUCAAGCUCAGAUGCAGAUCGUGGAAUCCUUGGAAAGUCACGACGACGAAAAUCCUUCGAUUUCUAAUGAUGCAUAUGGUAAACGGUGGGAUGACGAAGAUGGCGAGGAUGGAUCUGAUCAAAUUAGUGACGGUGUAGAUAUUUCAAUCAGGUAUAAUGUGUACGGAACACCGCUUAGUCCCAUCCUGGAAGAAAGAGAGAGUAAUGUCACUUCUGAGUCGUUGAUGUCUAAUUCCAGAGAAGUGUCUGUCGCUUCGAAAGAAUUAAUGCCGUCGGAUGACAUAUUGUUAGUCGAUACUUGUACGAAUGAAAUGAUAUUAUUAGAGGGAUUAGGCGAACGGUUGCAGGAUGAGGAUCAUGACACAACAAACGGCGAUCUAUCCGAGGAAGAAAAUUUAGAUUAUAUUUGUUCAAUGACACGUCCAUUGGAAGAUAAAUCGCGUAUCAUGAAGAUAAGUGGAGGUGCACCGUUACCGAGUCCCGAAGAGGAAUCUAAAUGGCAACAAUUACCUUCAUCCUUCCCACUACCUUUACCUUUACCGUUACAAGAUGAUCUAAUGUCAACAAGUUUCGUCACCGAACGCGAAUGUUGUAGCCAGGAUGAAGAUGAGGAAGAAGAGGAAGAAGAUGAAGAAGAAGAGGAAGAGGAGGAGGACGAGGACAACAGUUCUAGUUCUGGUGAAUUCGUAUGGAAGAGAUACAACGAGCCACAUAUCGAACAAAUACGAAUUAAAAGUACCGGUAACAACGACGAAGCGAAUACUGCGAUAAAUGUCGAAUUGGAAGAGGAUUUGGGUGUCGAAGAUGAAGAGGAGGAAGAAGAGUUUACUCCCUCUGCUUGGAAUGCCGCUCUGGCGCCUCAUCGGUCAGCACUGAGAUCUCCAGAUAAAACAUUAAAAUCUGGAGAUGAGUUGGAUCAGAAGAAGAGUGUAUGGUUUAAGAAUCAACGCUAUCAUUGCGUGUACGAAUAUCCGAAGGAAACGAUGUCUGCGGACAGUCGAACAGAUACUACUACUAAUUUGGAAGCAACUUCAUAUUCCGAUUGGGAAGAAAUGAUGGAUGAACCACGAUUAGAUCUAUAUUCUUUAGGUUAUGACGAUGUGAAUCAUACUGGACACGAGUUUUUUGUGACCAGUUCGAGUCGACCUUUUCAGUUUCAAACUGGUGAAAGUAAGUAUGUCAGCCAGUUCUUUCCUGGUGCGAACGCAACUUUAUUCUCCAAUGACCGAGAUGAAACAGAUAGUUAUCGACAAAAGUCACCACAACAUAAUCACAUUGAUUUCGCCAACGAAUACGAGCAGUACCAGCAGCAGCAGUAUCAAUUAGGAGAGUUACGACACACACGAGAUCGUUUGAAGCUAAAUCUAUUAUCAUCGAACGGUACGCCGUCCACCUCGUUCGUUCCUGUAAAGCAACUGCAUGCGAGUGAUGAGCAAGUAAACGCUGAAGAAAAUCACGAGUCGACGAAUCUUAUCGAAAACAUCGCGCAGGACCAAUGUAUUGUAUCGAAUCAGGUGAAUGAUAACGCGUUACCAAAGGUGCCUCACGAAGAUGUACAACUUGGUCUAUCUUCAAGAAGUUUUCAGUAUAAUAGCGAGGAAACGUUUGAACCCACCAACAAGUGCAGUGUUUUAACUCCUGACUAAAAUGACACUAGAGUUUGUAGUGUGUGUGCGAAGUUUUGUGUAUAUGAUUGCGCGUACGCGUGUGUAUGUAUGUAGUGAGAGAGAAAAAGAGGGAAGAAGAAAAGGAGAGAAGGAGAGAGAGACCAUUUCAAGUCCGUCCGUAAUAAUCUCAUCAAAAUAUCUCAUGAAAAUACGUGAUGAUUUUUUCCCUCAGAUAUUAUAUGGUUUGACGGUUGUCGCUGAUGAGAUUAAUACUACUAUGACAUGUAUCUCAAACAAAUGUAAAUAAUAACGAUAUAGCGGAUUAUCGCUCAAGGCUGUAAUUCGAUUGGUUGUCUAAUGAGUUUCAUCUUUUGUUAGCAAAGUUGUUAGAAUUGUCCCAUAGUAAAUACGAAAAUUUGUCAAUAUAAGAAAUUACAGCUUUAUACUAAUGAAACUAAUUGUUUAUAUAAUUAUACGGGGUAUCUCAUAACUCAGUAUGUGGAAUUCUUGGAGAUAUAGACCGAAUUAAGACAAACAUAAAAGAGUUAUUAAUUAUAGAAAUGUAACGAGUGAGCUCGCAGCGAAAUGAAUUAUGAGAAGCGUCGCAGCUGCUCGAGCCACCCAGUGCGAUCCAGUUGAUCCAAGAAUGUUGAUGGUGUGCGGCGAGAUAAAAUUGCGAGUGGCGGCGCGUUUUUCCCUUCGCCGUGCACUGGCAACAGUUGCUAGAUCGACUGAUCCGCGCUCUUGCCCGAGCUAGCUGCAACGCUUCUCCAGUUAUCCAUCUCGACUUACUUAUUAGAUUUCUGUUAUUAAUAACUCGAUAAUUAUUGCAAAUAUCACAAAAUAAUAUGAGACAUUUAUGUUUGUCUUAAUCUAUUCUGUUUUCACGAAUUUCUCGUAUUGAAUUAUGAGACAUCCUGUAUAUACGUGUAUGCGUGUGUGUGCGUGUGAUUAUUUAUAAUUGUAUGUAUGUGUGUGCGCACGUAUAGUAUGUCACAAAAUGCGCGCAUACACACACACACACAUAUAAGUCGAGCUUUAUUAAAUUACAUGCGCAUGUGCGUGUAAUUACAUAUGUAUAAAUAUAUGAUUUAAUAAAGUUGACUACUUGCAUGAUGAAUUAGUAGUACUAUAAGAACGAAUAAAAAGCGAUCGAAAGAUUGUGCUAACUGUAGAUAAGAAUAUUAAUUCUAGACAAUCGAUUUGUAGAAGGUGCAUCGAAACUAUUACGAACAAUUUUUAGCGCAUGUGUAAAUAAUAUAUACACAUACAUACACACCGUUCGUAGCAUAAUCAUUAAAGGAGCAGUAGUGCCUGCGUAGAAAUGUAUGAUUAUUUUUGUGACUCCUAUAUAAGAAACAUUUCACUCAGAGUAUGAGCGUCCUUCUCUCGCAUUAUUUUUCUUUGUACCGACAUUUAUUAUCACGCAUCUCUCAAUAUUCAUUAUACGCAAAUCUGCUCUCUAUUAUCAAAGUAUUGUAUAAUAUUGCGAAGUAUAUACGAGAUAUAUACACGUUUUUAUGCAAAGUAUAUACGAGAUAUAUACACGCUUUUAUGCAUUCUUGUGGCGAAAUGACUUGCACGACUAAUUUUCUAUAUGAUGUAUACAUGAUGUUUCGUGAUAUAGAUUUUUACUUUUACUAGAAGAUCUGUGAUGAGAGAUUACAAUGUGUAUUCGUAUAUUCAAUCCGUUUUAUAUCCGUUUUAUAUGACAGUCACUGUGGUAAAUUUCGGAUCUGAUGAAUCAAAAGUUUGUGUGCAUGCAUAUAUCGAAGCAAGAAUUCAUAAAGGUGAUUUAUUUCUCCAAUACAUCAUGCAUGAGAUCAUAUUGCAUAUAAACAUUUUUUUUUUACUCUAUGUUACAUAUAAGUAUCAGAUAUUAUUUUAUUUUUACGUUAAUGAAUAACUCCGUGUGGGUCUACAGUAUAUCCCUUUAUACCAUAUUUGAGAGAAAUGUGCAAUAUAUAAACGUAACGAUCAAUAACUCUGAUAUACAUACAUCGUAAAAGAAGAUAUUUCUAUGGAUCUAAAGUACUCGCAAACUUACGCGGACACAAGAUUACCAUUUUUACAAACAAUUUUUAUAAGUAUGUUUGUUUGCAAUAAUGUACUUCGUUUUUUGUAUAUUUAUUUACAUCGAAUAUAUGAAAAAAUUAACAAAACUCGGAACGAAUUAAUAGAAUCAGUAUCGAAGUGAAAACUGCUAUUACUACUAUACCACCAUUACUUUAAUGUCAUAUGUAUAAUUCUUUGUGCCACUAUUGCUUCAUGAAAUGGCUCGAAGAGAUAUAUAAAAAAAUCACCGCUACUAUAGCACCGUGAGCACUAUUAUGGUUCUCACAAUUACUAUUGAUACUGCUUUGUGCUCACUAUGAUAUAAGACAAAAUAGAGAACAUUAAUAUAUUGUUAUACAGAAAUAACCGUUUAUUCAAACCGUGUUCUUAGAUUCCUUCAUUUUACAAUAUUCAUUCUAUCUUAUUGUAUCUCAUUCUAUAAUAUUGUAUUACUAAUAAUUUUAACAUAUACAUCUUAUUUAACAUCUUUCCUAUUCAAUUAUUUUAUUCUGAUAUGUACAAGAACCAAUGUUAAAUAUUUAUGUUACUUAUUAAUAUUUAAAGAUAUUUAAUGUUAAAAACUUAUUUAAUUAUCUAUUUGACAGUAUUACAAAAACUAAAAACUUGAUUUGUUAACUCAUACUAUUUAAAAAUAAAACAUUUGUCAGACCUGCCGUCGAAUGAUAUUGUGACUUCUUCAUUAAAGGAGAUGACCAGUUGUCGCUAAAA